GAUUAGGGGCCUAGCUUUGCUUAGCUUGCAAAAACGUUAAACGGAAAGAUGAGGAUGGGAAGAAGCACCAUCCAGAAGCUACUCAUCUUGUGUUUGUGUGCCUCCUUGCUUGGAUUUUUUAUGAUGAUCAUGAAUAUCGGUUUUAAUUGUCAAAAUGGUGCUAAGACAAAAGGAAAUGUUGAUGGACUUGCAAAAGAAAUCAAUGAUGAUUUUAAGAAAAAAAUGAAAGAAUUAGAAGAAAAAGAAAAAAAUAUUAAUUUGGCUGCAAAAAGACUUGAUUUCUUACAAACUACCUUAAGAAGACAGUAUCCGUAUGCUGUGGAUUAUAUUUCGCAAAUUAUAGACGAUGAUUUGCCAACUAUAUACGCUAUCACGCCAACAUAUGCGAGACACGUUCAGAAAGCAGAGUUAACGCGGAUAUCACAAACUUUUCUACAUAUAAAAAACUUUCAUUGGAUAGUUGUAGAAGAUGCAUUGGAGAAAAGUCAACUCGUUUCUCAUUUUUUAGAAAAAUCAGGCUUAGUAUACACCCACUUGAAUACAAAAACACCAGAACAUUACCAGCUCGGCGAAAAUGAUCCAAGCUGGUUGAAGCCAAGAGGAGUUGAACAGAGAAACCUAGCAAUAGACUGGUUGCUUAGGCAUGUUGAUGCCAAUAAGGAACCAGGAGUUUUAUACUUCGCUGAUGAUGAUAAUACUUAUGAUCUACAGAUAUUUCAUGAGAUGAGGAGUACACAAACGGUGUCCGUAUGGCCAGUCGGUAUUGUUGGUGGGCUCAAGUUUGAGCGCCCUCUGUUGAAUGCACAGGGAAGGGUUUAUGCGUGGUACACAGCGUGGAAGCCAGAGCGACCAUUUGCAAUCGACAUGGCAGGAUUCGCUGUCAAUCUUCAGCUUCUACAACAGAAUUCGCAAGCUAGAUUUGACAUACGAGUCCCCAGGGGCUACAUAGAAUCUUCUCUCCUUUCAAAAAUCGUCACUAUGGAAGAUUUAGAACCCAAGGCAGAUUUAUGCACAAAGGUCUAUGUGUGGCACACAAGGACAGAGAAACCAAAGAUGAAACAGGAGGACAUUUUGUUAAAGCAAGGCAAACCAUCUGACCCAAAUGUAGAGGUUUAGGAGACACUGGCAAGGGGAAAUACAGACCUUCCUC